AUGCCGACUCAGAGGGACAGCAGCACCAUGUCCCACACGGUCGCAGGCGGCGGCAGCGGGGACCACUCUCACCAGGUCCGGGUGAAAGCCUACUACCGCGGGGAUAUCAUGAUAACACAUUUUGAACCUUCCAUCUCCUUUGAGGGCCUUUGCAAUGAGGUUCGAGACAUGUGUUCUUUUGACAAUGAACAGCUUUUUACCAUGAAAUGGAUAGAUGAGGAAGGAGACCCGUGUACAGUAUCAUCUCAGUUGGAGUUAGAAGAAGCCUUUAGGCUUUAUGAGCUAAACAAGGAUUCUGAACUCUUGAUUCAUGUAUUCCCUUGUGUGCCAGAACGUCCUGGAAUGCCCUGUCCAGGAGAAGAUAAAUCCAUCUAUCGCCGAGGUGCACGCCGCUGGAGAAAGCUUUAUUGUGCAAAUGGCCACACUUUUCAAGCCAAGCGUUUCAACAGGCGUGCUCACUGUGCCAUCUGCACAGACCGAAUUUGGGGACUUGGACGCCAGGGAUAUAAGUGCAUCAAUUGCAAGCUCCUGGUUCAUAAGAAGUGCCACAAACUUGUCACAAUUGAAUGUGGGCGGCAUUCUUUGCCACCGGAACCAAUGAUGCCCAUGGAUCAGUCAUCCAUGCAUUCAGACCAUGCACAGACAGUAAUUCCGUAUAAUCCUUCAAGUCAUGAGAGUUUGGAUCAAGUUGGUGAAGAGAAGGAGGCAAUGAACACCAGGGAAAGUGGCAAAGCUUCAUCCAGUUUAGGUCUUCAGGAUUUUGAUUUGUUACGGGUAAUAGGAAGAGGAAGUUAUGCCAAAGUACUGUUGGUUCGAUUAAAAAAAACAGAUCGUAUUUAUGCAAUGAAAGUUGUGAAAAAAGAGCUCGUCAAUGAUGAUGAGGAUAUUGAUUGGGUACAGACAGAGAAGCAUGUGUUUGAGCAGGCAUCCAAUCAUCCUUUUCUUGUUGGGCUACAUUCUUGCUUCCAGACAGAAAGCAGAUUGUUCUUUGUUAUAGAGUAUGUAAAUGGAGGAGAUCUAAUGUUUCAUAUGCAACGACAAAGAAAACUUCCUGAAGAACAUGCUAGAUUUUAUUCUGCAGAAAUCAGUCUAGUACUGAUGUUUGAGAUGAUGGCAGGGAGGUCUCCAUUUGAUAUUGUUGGGAGCUCUGAUAACCCUGAUCAGAACACAGAAGAUUAUCUCUUCCAAGUUAUUUUGGAAAAACAAAUUCGCAUACCACGUUCUCUGUCUGUAAAAGCUGCAAGUGUCCUGAAGAGUUUUCUCAACAAGGACCCAAAGGAACGACUGGGUUGUCAUCCUCAAACAGGAUUUGCUGACAUUCAGGGACACCCAUUCUUCCGAAACGUUGAUUGGGACAUGAUGGAACAGAAGCAGGUGGUACCUCCCUUUAAACCAAAUAUUUCUGGGGAAUUUGGUUUAGACAACUUUGAUUCUCAGUUUACGAAUGAACCUGUCCAGCUCACUCCAGAUGACGAUGACAUUGUGAGGAAGAUUGAUCAGUCUGAAUUUGAAGGUUUUGAGUAUAUCAAUCCUCUUUUGAUGUCUGCAGAAGAAUGUGUCUGAUCCUCAUUUUCCAUCUAUGUAUUCUACUUAUGUUGCCAUUUAAUGCAUGGGUCAACUUGUUACCAGGCUGGUUAC